ACAGCCCCGCCACAGCCCCGCACGCCCCCGCCAUGUCCGACACGGCCGUGGACACCAGCGCCGAAAUCUCCGCCAAGGAUCUAAAAGAGAAGAAGGAAGUUGUUGAAGAAACAGAAAACGGUAGAGAUGCACCGGCCAAUGGCAACGCUGAGAACGAGGAAAACGGAGAGCAGGAGGCGGACAACGAAGUAGACGAAGAAGAGGAGGAAGGUGGUGAGGAAGAAGACGAAGAGGAAGAGGGUGAUGGUGAGGAAGAAGAUGGUGAUGAAGAUGAUGAAGCUGAGGGAGCCACAGGCAAACGGGCAGCUGAGGACGACGAGGAUGAUGAUGUCGAUCCCAAGAAGCAGAAAACCGAUGAAGAUGACUAGGCAGCAUAUUUUUUUUCUUUUUUCUUUUAUUUUCUUUUUUUUUUUUUUUUAAAUAAGGAGGAAAACAAACCAACAAAAAAGGCCAGCGUGUCCUCUUCACCCUUGGGACCCCCCUUGCCCUCCUGUUGCAGCCCCCUACACACAGACACCCACAGACACACCCACACACCCCUUUCUUUCCCUGUGGUCAUCCUCACCAAGUAGAGUGAACCCCAGCCCCCCCAGCACGGUGCUGCCACUCAACAAACAUACAAAACGAUUGGCCCGUUAGCGGGGAGACAACC